CUUGCAAAACUAUCAAUCAAUACCUCUAAUUUUCCCACCAAAAAACAAAACUUACGAGAAACACAAUCAAAAUCACUAAAAAAACUCAAGAAUGGCAUCAUCAUUUCUCUCAACUGCAAAUUCAUUUAUCUCCACCAAUUUACCCUCCUCAUCAUCACCGUCAUCUUCACUAGCACCAUCUUUAUCAAUUUGCACACAGAAAAAUAAUGCAAAGAAACAAAUAAUAUUAUGCAAAGCUUUGAGUGAUAAGUCACCAUCUUCUCCAAAUUUAACUAAAAGAAAUCUUUCAAUUUGCUUCAUUACUGGCUUUGUGUUCUCAUUGACUAGUAGAGGUAAUGCUGCUAUAUUAGAAGCUGACGAGGACGAUGAGCUUAUGGAGAAAGUCAAAAGGGAUCGACUCAGGAGAAUUGAAAGACAAGGUGUUAUUAAUUCAUCCAAUAAAGAGAAAGCGUAUUUGCAAGAUGUAGUAUACAAGCUGAGCAAAGUAGGCCAAGCCAUAGAAAACAAUGAUCUAUCUGCAGCAAAUUCAGUUCUUGAGGGAAAAAUUGAUACAGAUUGGGUCCAAAAGGCAAAUUUAGCUUUAUCAAAGCUGAGCAACAGUCCUGAAGAGAAGGAUCAAGUGGAUACCUUUAAUUCAUCUCUAGCUUCUCUGAUUUCAUCAGUUGUGAAAAACGACAUUGAAUCUUCCAAAACAGCAUUUGUGUCAUCAGCAACAGCAUUUGAGAAUUGGACAACCUUAACAGGGCUUGUUGGUCAGCUAAAAGGUCUUUAAGGAGAGGCUGUCUUAUGUCUUUUUUUUUCCUUCAGAACUUUCUGUUUUUGAUGUUUCUUCAACCCUUCAACUGAAUUACUUUAAUGAAAAUGGCAGAGAAAAAGAAAUAGAUAAUUCUCAA